GUCAUGAUGAAUAAAUGGAAUUCCAGAAAAUCGGAAAAGAACUUCGGGGCAGUGACAAUUCUUCACACGUUCGUUUAAAAUUACCAUAACAAUACUGAGAGUGACAGCCCCCAGUAUGUCACUGGUGUAAUCCUUGAUUUGAUCUGCAUACAUGGUUCAGGCUGCUUUAAAACUUCAGGAAUGCUGUUGCCCGUGUACAGGGACCAGCGGUAAACAGUGGUGCGGGAUGUUCAGAUCACAAGAAUGGCUUCUAAUGACCACUUUAGUGUGGAAUACUCUGGGGAUCCCCAGCCUGGGGACUUAAUUGAAAUAUUUAGACCUGCAUAUCAGCAUUGGGCUCUUUACCUGGGAGAUGGUUAUGUUAUAAAUGUCACACCUUUAGAGGAGGGGUCAGCUGCACCAUUCACUAGCGCAAAGUCAGUUUUCAGCAGGAAAGCAAUGGCAAAAAUGCAACUACUUAAAGAUGUUGUUGGGCAAGACACUUUCAAAAUAAAUAACAAAUAUGAUGACAAACACACACCUUUACCAGUGCAUGAAAUUGUUAAGCGAGCAGAAUUUCUGAUUGGUCAGGAAGUGUCGUAUGAUUUGCUUGGAAAUAACUGUGAACAUUUUGUCACUUUGCUUCGUUAUGGUGAGGGCGUGUCUGAUCAGGCAGACAGAGCUAUAAGUGCCAUUUCCUUUGUAACGGCUGCCGCUAGUGCCUUCUCACUGGUCGGACUAUUUCAUAAUCGAUCAAGGCAAAGAGAUUAUUGAAAGAUAUAAGAGAAUUAGGGGAAAGUACUUGAAUAUGAAAAUUGUGACAAAUUUAAAACAAAUAAAAAGAUAGUUUGCUAUCUUUUAUUUUCCAUCUUCUUAUAAGUUUUAAACUUUUAUAUUCAAACAUUUUAAAUCAUCUUAAAUUUAGAAAACAUAAAACAUUUUCUGUAGUAUAAAAUGAAUAUAGUAACCCUAAAUAUUUACUUGUGUAAAUUUUAAU